UGCUAAGCAACGUGCAUACAUACAACCGCCCUAAACGAUCGCAUACAUUUAAAAUCAACCGAAAAUGUCAUACAGGGACGUGAGAAAUGUGAUUGAAAUGCUACGCGCGCUUGGCUACCCAAAGUUGGUGUCGAUGGAAAGCUUUCGGAAACCAAAUUUUCCCUUGGUAGCGGACGUGCUCGUUUGGUUAUCGAAGAGAUUCGACGACGAUUCCGAUAUGAUCGCCGAAUUUGAAACUGAAGAGCAGCGAAUCGCGCUAAUUCGAAAUAUUGCCCAGUUUAUGGCUUUAAAAGCGAACGUGAAGCUGAAUACCAAAAGAUUAUACCAAGCUGAUGGAUAUUCCGUUAAAGAAUUGCUCAAGAUUACGUCCUUGUUGUAUUCGGCGUUAAAAGAAAACGCACUGAACAUGACGGACGAGGAGAGUGUUCGCAAUUUAGAUUUGGGCGAUCUCGAAAUUUCGUACAAUGCAAACGAUUUCAAGAGAUCGCGACAAUUGGCAAGUGAAAUUACCUCAACGGGGGCUAAAUUAUAUGAUUUACUGGGGAAAGAAGUUGAUAUAAGGGCGUUAAGACAGAUCAGCGCUGGGCGUCAGUACGAAGUGAGUGAAGUGGAGAAUGGCAUUAAGGAAGCGAUUGAUGCCAUUAGGAAGGAGAUGGUUGAAACUAAACAGUCCAUUGAGAAUAUAUCCGCAACCGAAAGCAGCUUGGAUUCCAAAAUUGAAAAGAGAAAAGUUGAGAUUGAUCGUUAUGACAAAAGACUGCAGACGCUAAAGAAAGUUAGGCCAGCAUUUUUGGAAGAGUUUAUAGAGUUGGAAGCGGAGCUUGAGAAGCUAUUCGUACAGUACUCAGUAAGAGUGCGCACACUUAAUCACCUCGAACGUUUGGUCCACAACGCCGAAAAGAGCCACCUGGAACGACAGCACUUGAGUGUGCCAGAGAAAAUCAUGGAAACCGUUACAUUUGAGGGAGAUUCGAAUGACUCGUUCAAUCUUGAAGAAGAAAAGGAUGAUGCUAAUCUAAAGAUGGGUGCUAAACAGGAGCGCCCACGCGCCAGAACUGGAGGACGUAGUAAAAUUUCGCGUACAGCAAAACCGUUAGGCACACUAAACCCGCUUGGUUCAGCGUCAUCUGCCGAAGAAAGUUCCGACACGGAUACCGACGACUUACUCCUCGAUGGGGACGAGCCCGAGUUGCCGCAAUCUGAUGACGAUUCUUUAGGUUUGGAAUUGUCCAGUAUUGAAAAAACCAUUCCUCAAGGAAGAAGCAGUACCAGUAAAACGCAAGUAAAUAGUGACGACGAUUUUUAAUGCGUAUGGUACACGUUUUCAACUGAAGAACUCUAGAGUAAGCUAUGUCAGUUUAAUUUUGUUUUUGUGAUAGUAUUUGUGGUUAAUAAAAUUUGAUAUUAGGUAUAUUUCGAAAGUUGUGGAAUCAGUUGCCUAAUCUCUGCAGUAAGCUUUUACCUGUAGCUUAACUUUUGGUAGAUACUGAGCAAACGAAAUAAAUACAUUCGUGACAUAGACCAGCACAACAACAAAGAACAAACAUCUUCCAUUUGAAGGAGGUCAUUUAUAACUUUACCCCCAAAACGUCGACAUUUAUCCUAUUUAUGUAUUUUUGGUAUUUAUUUUUGAAUGGGUCAAGGCUGCUCUAUCCAGAAUUGUCUUCUCCGGAUAUAAGUCUUGAUGCCACGGAAACCAAACAACAAUCAAGCCACUGAAAGACGCCAUCCUCGCCCCGCGUCAAAAAGGCUCGUCAAGUGAAGUCAAAUGUGAGGACAAUGCUCAUUUGUUUUUUCGACGCAAAAGUGAUGUUCCAACAGGUCAGACCAUCAACCAGGUUGGCUACCCGGAGGUUGUCAAGAGGUUGCGCAACAGUGUGAGACGAUAAAAAGCUCGCAACGCCAUCCUGGUGACCACUUUCAUGGCACGAAACUGCAUGACUGUCUUAUUCCACCCGAUAUCGCUCCGAGUG